AUGAACUGUGAUGCGUUUCCCAAGUUUCUAGCGGGGAACGAAACCUGCCCGUCUGAAGUAAACGAGCAGGUACAGCAGUAUACAACUCCCGCAUACUACAAUCAAAUGGCGCUGCAAGUCAAGCGAAACUACGUGCAUCGGAACUUCUACAUUGAGUGUGAAAAGAUGAACCUUGAGCGAGCGCAGGUUGCGCGUGUGGUGUACAGGCGUCUGACCGAGACAGAGUAUCUGGACUUGGUGAAUUUCAGGCGAUCGCGUUCGAAGCUGUCGCCGGAAGCAUCGAUCGAACAUUUGAGCAUCCAUAUAGACAUUGCUACUGUCGAGGACUUGAAGGUCGUGCAUCGUGAGCAGAAGCCUCGUCACGUGCAGCACCAAAAUGUUUAUCGGGUGGCAUUUGAGUCGCGAGUGACAGAGCAGGAUGAUGUGGACUGGCGGAUUGCGAAUAUGCACAUCAUUGAACAGCUGGUGCUACCGCGGUCUCCGACGUGUGGGUGA